UUCAAUUUUUUCAGUUGAUCUCUAUUUUGUUUUUCGUCUAUAGAGUCGAUUCCGUUUCUUCUAUCGGAGAAUUUCAAGUAUAAAGAAACCCUAGAGACCUUUGCGCUCUGUUCUUGCCAUUGUUAAGGUUUUAAUUUGACUUAAUGCAGUUAUAGUUUAACAGUAAUUGGGGCAAUAGGAGAACAAUAAAAACAACUGGUCUAUUUGGUUAAAAUGGGCUCCGUGGAAAGCGAUGGCUCUGAAGGGGCAGCAGCUAUAGAUGACUGUGAAGAUAAAUAUGACAGCCAGGAUAGUGCUGAAGAAGAAGAAUUUGAAGGUGUUUCUGUUAAUUUAUUACCUGCCGAUAAUUAUGAAUUACUUGCUGAAAGAAAGAGAAAAGCAUUAGCUGAUUGCCAGCAUAAACAAACCAAAAAGAAACGUGAAGAGGAAGAUAUUGUUGGUGCUAGUUUUGAUGAAAUAAUGGAAGCCAUGAAUUCUGGAAGUAAAAGGAAACGCAAAAAGGAUAAACGAGCGGGAAGGCCAAAAGGAUCCAGAAAUAAGGUAAAUCUUGAGGCCAGAAAGUUAUUAGGGGAAGCCACUCUUUGCUAUGCUGCCGGUAAAUAUACAGAGGCAUUGAAACUGUUACAUGAAGUUAUUCUGCUAGAACCUACACCUGAUGCAUAUCAUACACUUGCUGUUGUAUAUGAUGCAAUUGGUGAAAAGAGAAAGUCCAUGUAUUUUUAUGAACUUGCCGCUUUAGUUAUGCCACGAGACACCUCAUUGUGGAAGUUGCUUCUCUCGUGGUCUUUAGAACAAGGGAAUGCUGCUGAUGUGAAUAAGUACCUUCCUAAGGCAAUAGCUGCAGAACCUGAAGAUAUUUCACUCAGACUCCUUUCUGCAUCCCAUUACAGUGAGUUGAAAGAAUAUGAGAAAGCUGCCAAGGCAUAUGAGAAAGUAUUUCAAAUUAAUCCAGACAAUAUUGAAGCAUGCAUAUCGGCAGCAAAGUUGUAUAAGCAAAUUGGUAAAACUGAACAUUCCCUUGUGAUGCUGGAGGAUUAUCUUAAAUAUCGCAAAACGGAUGCUGAUCCAAUAAUUAUUGAUAUGCUGGCUAGUAUAUGCAUUGAAAAUGGAGAAUAUGCUAAAGCUCUUCAACAUAUUGAAGGAUGUUUUAUGGGGAGAGAAUGGCCAUUGAAUCUAAUAGCAAAAGCAGGAAUCUGCCACAUUUAUCUUGGAAAUCUGAGUAAAGCUGAAAUCUUAUUGAAGGCUUUUGGACUAGAAAAUGCAAAUGAUAAUGUUGAUUCAGUUGUUGAAAUUGCAGACACAUUAAAGAUUCUUGAGCACUAUGAAUAUGCUUUACAUUACUAUUUGAUGUUAGAAGGAAACCAGGGAGUUGGUGAUGGAAUCUUGAAUUUGAAAAUUGCACAAUGUUACCUGUCAUUGGAGAAAAAGGAAGAGGCAAUUGGAUUCUUCUACAGAGCUGUACAUUCACUUGAGGACAAUGUUGAUGUGCGAAUAAAUUUAGCCUCUCUUCUUCUUGAAGAAAAGAAGGAAAAUGAAGCCAUAUCAUUGCUCUCUCCACCAGUUAUAGAUUUUGGGGCAGAUUCAUGCAGCGAGAAGUCUAAGUUUUGGUGGUAUGAUGAGAAAGUAAGAUUAAAGCUUGCUAAGAUUUAUCAGACUAAAAAUAUGCUUCAAGAGUUUGUAGAUGUAUUUUUUCCCCUGGCUAGUCAAUUAAUCACCUCUGAAACAACAGAGGAGCAGGUUUCUAAAAAGAAAAAGCUUUCAACGAGUGAGCUGAUUGAAAGAGCUAGAGUGUUGGAAAACAAUCAGAUCGACAACCUAUUUCAGAAAUUUAAACCAGCAGUUACUGCUGCUGAGCGUGAAAAAGCUGCUAGAGCAAAGAGGCUCCUUCAACAGAGAACAAAUUUGAAGGAGGAACUGAAAUUGAAAGCAUUAGCUGCUGGUGUGGACUGGCAAAGUGAAGAGUCAGACGAUGAAUGUUGGCCAAAGAAGAAGAAGAAACUCCCAACUCCUUGGCUCUUAAGAGAUGAGGAAAAUCAUCAGCUUGUUAUUGACUUGGCCAAAGCGUUGGCGUCUCUAGGGAAACAUGAAGAAGCAUUGGAUGUUUGUAAAUGGAUCAUGCAGUUUUCUUCUAAUGCGAUAUCAUCUGACAAUAUUGAAGAGCUUACACUUCUUGGAGCUCAGAUGGCAUACAAUGUGAUAGAUCCUAGACGUGGGUAUGAUUUUCUCAGAGAUAUUCUUCAGCGACAUCCUCACAAAAUAUCAGUGUGGAAUUACUACUUUAAAGCACUAUCCAAAAUGGAGAUUUAUCGCCAUAAGCAUUCCCGAUUCUUGCGUAGGAUCCGCGAAAAGGAGAAAGAAUGUGUACCUCCAAUUAUCAUUUCAGGGCAUCAGUUUAGUAUGGGCAGCCUAUAUCAAGCUGCUGCAGAAGAAUACCUGCAUGCCUACAAACUUCUUCCUGAUAGUCCAUUUGUUAAUCUUUGUGUUGGGACUUCAUUGAUUAAUCUAGCCUUUGAUGUCAGACUUAAGAAUAAGCAUCAGUGUGUGGUACAAGGCAUGGCAUUUCUGUUCAAGUAUCUAAAACUUUGUGGAGAAAGUCAAGAAGCAUUAUUCAACAUAGCUCGAGCAUGUCAUCAUGUGGGCCUUGUGUCUUUAGCCGCUUCAUAUUAUGAGAAGGUGCUUUCUAUUCGGGAAAAGGAUUAUCCUAUUCCCCAGCUUCCUUUUGAAAGCCAACAUCUCAGAGAAAAUGGAAACUCAGGUUAUUGCAGCUUGCAUAGAGAAGCAGCUUACAACCUGCACUUGAUCUAUAAGACAAGUGGAGCAUUGGAUCUUGCACGACAGGUUUUGCGUGAUUAUUGUACUUUAUGAGGUUAUUCAUCUAAGUUACAGGAAUGAGGUGAAGUCUUAUUCUGUUUGCUCCUUUUAUGUUUGGUGAAGUGUUAUUAAUUCUUUACCAGACAUGGUUAACAGAGAGUUUUGUCUAAUAGUAAUAUAUAUUACCAAAUUUUGAUUGAGUCAUUGUUUGUGUUAUUGUUAGAA